AUGGCCGAUAGGAACUACGCUUACGACCCGGUUGGGACCGGAGCGCCAGUCAACCAACAAUCGUACAGGAUGGAGGCGGGACAGUUGUGGCGGCAGUAUGUGAUCGCCGGCAUCGCGAACAUCGCGAUCGCCUCCACUGGUUAUUCUAUGGGAUGGACCUCACCAAUUAACAUCAAGCUGCAAGACAAAAACCUGACGGACUCCCCCCUGCCAGCGCCAUUGGGCACAGAAGAGUCGGCCUGGGUGGGCUCCCUCUUGCCCGUAGGAGCUAUUUUUGGUCCAUUCAUUGGGGGUUUAGCGGCUUCGAAAAUUGGACGCAAAUGGGGUCUCCUCAGUUCCGCCAUCCCACUGUUUGUGGGUUGGAUCCUGGUGGCAGCUGCUACCAACGUGGGAUUCCUAUACGGCGGCAGAAUAUUCUGGGGUAUCGCCGUCGGGAUGCUGUUCACCGUAUCGCCAAUGUACUGUGCCGAAAUCGCUACGGAUGACGUGCGAGGUGCACUCGGAUCCUUCCUGCAGGCUUUCAUCACCCUCGGAUUCUUGUUGGUGUACGGCAUCGGUCCCUUCAUCUCGUACAGCGCAGUUGCGUACGUCGGCGUGGCAUUUGUGGCAGUGUUCGCUGUCUGCUUCUAUUUUAUGCCAGAAUCGCCCAUGUAUCACCUUAUUAAGAAUGACCGAGAGUCAGCAGCAGAAUGCUUGAUGUGUAUACGUGGCCGAUCCCGCGCGGGAGUUGAAUCCGAGCUCAACCAAAUGGCUGCUGAUAUCAGCGCUUCUAUGGAGAAGACUGCGACGCUGGCAGACGUCUUCCGUGGGAGUAAUUUCAAGGCAUUCUACAUCAGCUGUGCGUUAGUGUUCUUCCAGCAGUUCAGUGGGAUCAACGCUGUGCUCUUCUACAUGAACACCAUCUUUAGUGCGGCAGGUUCCGAUCUGGACCCGUCUAUUGCUACAAUUAUCAUUGGUGCAGUACAAGUGAUCGCUUCAAUGAUAACCCCGCUGGUGGUGGACAGGCUUGGAAGACGUAUCCUGUUAUUAGUAUCCACUUGCGGUACUGCUAUUGGUCUGGGUCUACUAGGCAUGUACUUCCUCUUAAAUGAACAGAAAAGCCCAGUCGUAUCCAGCAUCGGAUUUCUGCCGAUUUUGUCACUAGUGCUGUUCAUAGUGACGUACUGCUGGGGGUUGGGGCCCCUCCCGUGGGCAGUGAUGGGCGAGCUGUUCCCCAUCGAGGUGAAAGCCGUCGCAUCGCCAAUAGCUACGGCGUUCUGCUGGACUCUGUCGUUCUUGGUGACUCGGUACUUUGAGCCAAUCGCAAAUGCGGUGGGGAUGUACGUGGCGUUCUGGGUGUUCGGCGUGUGCUGUGUCGCCGGGUUCUUCUUCACGCUGUUCCUCGUGCCCGAGACCAAGGGCAAGAGUCUGCAGGAGAUACAGGACAUGCUGGCCGGCAGGAAAUCAAAACCAGGAAAGGCAUAA